ACGUCACAUGAAUGGCUGCUGCAUCUUCCUGUGUGUGUGUGUGUGUGGCUGAGAGAAGCUUAACACCUCAGGAUCUAUCUGUGUGAGUCUUAUGGAAUGGCAAACUGAUGGAAGAGAGAAGACGUAAUGAAAGACACUGAUUCAAGAGAAAGCGUCAAAGAUGGCCCGUGGUUUGAUGGUGCUCAGAAUGAUCACGAUGAUGAAGAGGAGACCCCCAUAAGGUCGAGUUUCUCUGUGGAGGACCUUCUAGAUGAGGUGGAGAAGAUCAGCAGUGUUCCCACGUAUGGGAAGAAGGUGGAGAUUGUGGUUAGACUGUGGAAAGAUGGUUUUACUGUGAAUGAUGAGGAUUUGCGAAGCUACUCCUCAGAGGAGAAUCAAGAGUUCCUCGAAGCUCUUAAACGAGGGGAGUUACCUUUGGAACUGGAGGGAAGAGCAGAUGAGGAGGAGCUGGAGGUCAGUGUGGAGGAAAUGAAGGAUGAAAUGUAUGUCCCAAAGAAGAAGACCUUCCUGCCUUUUAGUGGCAGAGGCUACAGAUUGGGCAGCGUGGCACCUAGAGUUGUGGUCAGGUCUCGGUCAAUCCAUGAAGAUUGCUCAGGCCCCCCGGUCCCUCCAGUGGAGCUGGACGAAGCGUUGCCCAUCACAUGUCUACAGAUCUGGCUAGCAGAUGGCCGACGGCUAGUGCAGAGGUUUAACCUUUCUCAUCGAAUCAGUGAUGUCCAAGGCUUUGUAGAGAAAGCCCAGUCAUCAAGCUCACCGUUCAUCUUGACAACAUCUCUGCCUUUUCGGGAGCUCACACAGGGGAAUCUGAGCCUGGAGGAGGCUGACCUGACAAAUGCUGUUAUUGUCCAGCGGCCUGUCGGCACACAAGCACCUUUUGGUCACUCCUGAUCAAAGUCUCCUUAACUGGUCACCUUACAGUAUGGAGAAACAUUUUAUGAACCUUUUCUAGAACACAAAAGCUUGCAGUAUAUAAUCCUUCCGAAGCUGCUUAAAAGUCUACACAACUGCAGACCUCUUUGCAUUAAUCCAGUUUGAAAACUCUAUGAACUUUACCGUGAAGAAUAAAAGACUGGAAAACUUUUGUGGAAGAAAUCUCAUCACUGUCACCUUGUGAUCUUUAAUAACGUGCAAUAACGACGUACUGGUAAUCUAAUAGUCAUGUGUAAAUGCUGCACAUAGUAUAAACACAAUAAAUAGUAUGGAGUUUAUAUAGGUACGGUUCGAAUAACUGACUGUCAUUGACUACGUUUACAUGGACAGCAGUAAUCUAAUGAUUGACCUUACUCUGAGUAAGACAUUAUUGUGAUGAAGGUGUUUACACGAGUCACUUUUAGAAUACUCCUUUCAUGUUCCCGUUUUACAUGUUAUAGAACAUAGAGCGAUUAACGUCACACGUCGUUACAUCACCGCGCCCCGACCUCCCUCCAGAAUUUCACGUAUCAACGUACAGUUCGUCUUCGUUAUGGUACCGUAUACAAUUUUGGGUGUUUUUAUUUUUAAUUUUUUCGAAAGCUUCAAGUGCAGUUAAUUAUAAUAAUGCUGUACGUGCAAAUAGACGACUGCUUGAAGCCGUGGGCUGCGUCCCAAACCGCGUUCUUUCCUACUAUAUAGCAGCUGAAAUGCAUGGAUUUCGCCUACUAUGUAGUAGGUAAGUAUGCGGUUUGGGACGCAGCCGUGCUCUCUUGUAUAAUGUAAAAAGGUUGAGCACUUCCGUGUGUGUACGUGUCCUGUCGUAAAGUGCGGUGAAAACUCUCACACCACGUUAAUAGUGUGAUUUAGGUGUGUACAUGUCUGUAAUGCACUUCGAUAAUGCGACUAAAACAGGAAUACUCCACACGUCUUAAUUCCAUUUGUGUUUACUUCGAGUAUGACUUUAGCCGGAUUAAGGUAAUAAAAAAUCGCUGUUUACAUGUUAGUUUCUUAAUCGGAGUAUCGUCUUAAUCGGCUUAAUAUCGGAUUAUUGUUGUCCAUGUAAACGUACUGAUUCUUUGUUCUUCCUUUGUUGGAUGCCUUGACCACCUCUGAUGCAAUGCGGUACACACAUGCCACGUCUUCAAUAUCAAUGUACAAUAAAUAUCUGACUGAGACUGUGCUGUGACUGAGUAAAAAUAAGUACUAAAUGCACUUCUCUGUGUUUAUCACAGAUUUGACCGAGGCUCGUCUUACCACAACGAUGAUACUAUUUUUGUGUGUGUUAAAAUGUUUGCUGUUAUGAAAUUCAAUGCAGAAUUGAUUUGCAAGUGUAAGAUAUAUACAUGCACUUUAAAUUGAGUGAAAAGUUAUUUUGUAUUGGAGCUUUGCUUGCAAUAAACCCAUUAAACAAUGAAGCCCUA